CGUCACAGUCGCAUCGCUUCUACUCCUAGUUCGGGUCUCACCUCUCGUGCGCAAAGCAGUAGCGGGUUCGGGUUCGGUCGCCUGGAGAAGGAAAAAAAAAAGGAUAAGCAAGCUGCAGCACGGAGACGACUCGACUCGAGCGGCGAAGGCGAAAAAUAAAAAAAAGAGGAUAAGGCGAGGCGCGACCGGGCGGCCACCGCGCGCUCCCAGAUCCGUCCCGCUCCCGAGCGGAUCCAGCUCCCCGGCGAGCCCGCGCGUGGACGCCGUUGCCUCGCUCCCGGAUCCCGACCGUGGGGUUGCAGCUGCUUCAGAUCCAGCGUUACCAGCUUGAAUUUGGUGCGUGCCACUGAAAAUGGUUGUAAAUGCUGUACAGAUCUGUGACCCGCUGGCGCCUGGGCACAUGACACCGACGGUCUUAAUGGAGUUUGGGCAGCACAGGCCAAUAAAACGGGGGUAUGAGGAAAUGGCUUUCAGGGGCGUGGCGGCAGCCACAUCCCGUGGUUACACAGAGACUGUUGGCGAGUCGGAAGUCGCAGCUGGUAGUCCUGUUCGUGUCGAUUCGGAGGACUCUUGGGCACCAAAGCGCAAGUGCAUCAGCCUGAACAGCGAUGGCUUUGAUGUGAAGCGGGAGAUCUUUGUGCCGUCUAAGAUGUCGUCAUCUGAACGGCGGUAUCUUCGGAAGAGAUUCCGGGCAGAGCUUGAUUCUGUGCGGGAUCUCCUCAAGAAACCAGAGUUUGCAGCCCCCGUUCCUCUCAGUCGGGCACCUGCCUUGUCAUCCUCAGCUGCCCCUCGAGCCAAGAAGCCACAGAAGUCUCAGCGUGGUGUGACCAAUGUUAUCCGUGGUGCAAAGGGACGUUUCUUGCCUACAAAACCUCGACCUGAACCUACUACGGUGUUAUCUGAAGCUGCAGUGUUUAAGCAGUGUGAAGCUAUUUUGAAGAAGCUUAUGACUCAGAAAUAUAGUCAUAUAUUCAAUGUUCCAGUUGAUGUAGACAAGCUGCAAAUUCCUGAUUAUUUUGAUAUUGUCAAGACCCCAAUGGAUCUUGGAACUGUCCAGAAGAAGCUUGAAUCUGGCUCAUACACAAGUCCAUCAGAUUUUGCUGCUGAUGUCAGGCUGACCUUUAACAAUGCUAUGGCUUAUAAUCCCAAGGGGCAUGCUGUGCAUGACAUGGCCAUCCAGCUGAACAAGAUGUUUGAGAGUCGAUGGAGGCCAAUUGAGAAGAAGCUGGCUUCUGCUGCCACUGAGAAACAUGUUGAGGUUGACAGGGCUGACUCGAAGAGGAGGAAGACACCUCCUGUGGACCGCAGUGAUGUGUCAACGGAAGGUGUACGGCAGACAGAGCCUGAAAAACCAAAGAUGACAGCUGAAGAGAGAGAAGCCUUUGGGAACUCCUUGGCUUCUAUAUCUGAUGAGUUACCUCCCCACAUCUUUGAACUGCUGCAACAAUGCAUCGACAGCAAUACAGAUAUGCCUGGUGAUGGAGAGAUAGAGAUUGACAUCCAAGCUGUCAGUGAUGACAUGCUAUUUGAGCUGAAGAAACAUGUCGACAAGUAUUUGCAAGAGAGAGAGCAGAGCCAGCAGGUGAAAUCUGAGCCUUCUGAGAAUGAAGCUGUGAAUGUAUCUGGCCUUAGCCACUCAUCUACAAAUCCUUGCAAAGGUGGUGAGCCUAUCGAGGAGGAUGUGGAUAUCUGUGGCAAUGCCUCCCCUAUCAUGUUAGACAAAGAUGCACAAAUCAGGAGUAGCAAGUGCGGUAGUCCAAGUAGUUCCAGCAGCGACUCUGAAUCAUCUUCUAGCGAUUCCGACUCUGGCAGUGACUCUGAAAGUGAAUCAGAAAAAGUUGGCAGCCCUGGAAAGCUUGCGAAGGGGACUAAGAAACCUGACCAGCUGGUGGAGCAAGAAAAGAGUGAUGUUAUUAGCCCAGCCGAUGCCAACCGUCCUGCUGAUAUUGUGGGACUCCAUGGGGAGGACAGUGAGUCAAAACCUGCACCAGGGGGGGAAAACUCAAAACCCGAUUCACAAGUCUCACCGGACAGGCUAUUGCGUGCCGCCCUUUUGAGGAGCCGUUAUGCUGAUGUGAUUGUCAAAGCUCGCGGCAUUCUUAGUCAGGGUGGAGACAAACAGGAGGAACUGGAAAAGCUCCAGAAGGAAGAGAAAGCACGUUUGUUGGCUGAGGGUAAUGCAGCCAUGGAGGCUCGUAGAGCCGAAGCUGAAGCGGAAGCUAAGCGUAAACGGGAUUUUGAGAGGGAGAAGGCUCGUCAGGCCCUACAAGAGAUGGAGAGAACUGUAGAAAUUAAUGAUAACCUCCAUAUCAAGGAUUUGGAAAUGCUUGGGACAGCCACAACAGAACAUAUUGUAAGCUCUGUUGAUGAGACUAGUCCAGAGCGCUCUCAAGAUGGCAUGGCCGGCUAUCAUCCAGGAUCUGUCAAUCCUUUGGAGCAACUUGGACUGUUCAUAAAGGCCGAUGAUGAGGAAGAUGAUGAAGAACCGAGCAGUGUUCCCAGCAUUAAAGAACCAGAGGAAGGAGAGAUCAACUGAUGGUGCUGUGUUUUGCCAUGCCCUGUCAAGGGCUAGAGGCUGGUGCCAAACUAGUGAUCCAACAAAGUGAUCGCCUCUUGUGGGCCAUCAUGUGUGGCACAAUGGCUGGACAGCAGCGCGUGUUGGAUGCUCAAUUGGUUCUGAACUGGUGGUGAAAGCCCUCCUCCAUAUUGCUGCUACUGGUUUGUUAAAAUAUGCUUGGGAAGGAUGAAGGUAAUCUUUGCAUGAUUGGUAAAUGAGUGGUCAUUUGCUUCGAGGAGGCGCACAGGAGGUCGAGUUGGUCAAAUGAACGUAUUGAUGUGCCUAGAGGAUGUUUUUUCAGCCACCGUUCCAAAACGGCUUGAAUGAUGCCACCGAACUAGUGGAGUUCAAAUUGCUCAUUAUUUGCUGCAACCUCCAUUUCAAGCCGGUUUGCUCAGCGGCUCAUAUAGCCUGUUUUCUCAUCUUUUUCUCUGUUUUAGAUUGUGUAGCAGUUGGGCUAGUUGCUUCCUGCUGUAAAUCCGAAUUUUGAUGUAGUGAAGGAAGUGCUAGCUGUUUGUUGAGCACGAGCGAAAAGAACUGCUCUUGCUCAGCAUUUACAAGAGAAAUUGUUUUGCAGAUGCACGUCCAGUCUUCUCUGUAAUUACCAUUUCUUGCGCAAUCAGUGUCUUCCGUGUGACAUU